AUGCUCGCACAGUUCCAUCCAUCUCGUGCCAACAUACAUAGCCAAAGCACUCGAACGCGUAUAGAAAACAUGUCGAGUCCUCUGCUUGUUGCAAUGGCCGCGGCGGCAAUCGUCGUCGCCUGCUGUUUAGCGGCGUGUCCGGUCGGCGCGGGCGCGAGCGCUGGUGACUUCUACGACAACUUCGUGGUGAAGUGGGGCACGGACCCAGACCCCGACCGGCGGGUCGAGAUCGUCGACGGCGGGCGGCUGGUGACGCUCACCCUCAACAACGUCUCCGGCGCCGGGUUCCAGUCCCGGGACGCCUUCCUCUUCGGCGAGUUCACCAUGGAGAUGAAGCUCGUGCCGGGCGACUCGGCCGGCACGGUCACCACCUUCUACCUGACAUCCAAGGACCCGACGGCGGCGGGGGACGGGCACGACGAGAUCGACUUCGAGUUCCUGGGCAACGUCAGCGGGGAGCCGUACCUGAUGCAGACCAACGUGUUCGCCCAGGGGGUCGGGGGCAGGGAGCAGCGGUCCUACCUGUGGUUCGACCCGACAGAGGACUUCCACAACUACACCAUCCUCUGGAACCCUCUGAACAUCAUCUUCUCUGUGGACGGCGUGCCGGUGCGCGUGUUCCGGAACCACGACGCGAACGGCGUGCCGUACCUGAGCAGGCAGGCGAUGAAGGUGCACGCCACCAUCUGGGACGGCGACACCUGGGCCACCCGCGGCGGCCGGGUCAAGAUCGACUGGGCGCACGCGCCCUUCGUCGCCUCCUACGGGACCUACGCCUCCAGCGCCUGCGUCUCCGCGGCCGGCAACGGCGAUCAGGACGGAGCGCCGUCGGCCUUCUGCUGCCCGGGCGACGCCUCGUCGUGGAUGGCCCGGCGGCUGGGGCCCGACGGCGAGCGCGCGGUGGCGUGGGCGCGCGACACGUACAUGGUGAUGGACUACUGCGACGACCCCUGGAACCUGGGCCGCCCCGCCGAGUGCGACAUGGACCAGCUCGCCUCUGCCGUCUGA